UGUUUUUCUCGCUGUGUCAGUCAGAAGAAAGGUCUAACAGGGCAGGAGACUAUUGUACAGGAAGUGUUCCUACACAGACGACCACAAACUAACAAUAUGACAGAGAACCAAAGACAGAAUGAGGUCACCAUUGAAAGCUCCUCGGAUGGUGCAGAGGAGUACCAGAUGGGCAACAAACGACGAGGUCUUGCACUCAUUUUUAAUCAGAAAGACUUCUUCUGGCGCCUGGAACUGCCUGAGAGGCGUGGAACCAAUGUUGAUUGUGACAACUUGGAGAAAAGACUGAAGGAUCUAAACUUUGAAGUGAAAUGUCACAAUAACCUCAAGCUGGAGGCAGUCCUAGAUGAAAUCGUCAAAGCUGCGGAGGAAGAUCACUCAGAUGCUGAUUGCUUUUUGCUCGCCUUCCUGAGUCAUGGAGAUGAUAACCAUGUUUAUUGCCACGAUGGAAAAAUCAGUAUCCAGGAGAUCACGUCCAAGUUCAAAGGGGACAAGUGCCCGGACCUUGUUGGAAAGCCAAAGAUCUUCAUAAUACAGGCAUGUCGCGGAAAAGAGUUUGAUGUGUCAGUUACAGUGACCGAAGCUUCUACGAUGGAGUCUGAAGAAAAGGUGUUCAUGGAUGCCAGCACCAUACAGACCCUCCCUGCUGGGGCUGAUUUCAUCAUGUGCUAUUCUGUGGCUCAGGGCUACUACUCCUUCCGGGAGAGGGAAAACGGUUCGUGGUAUAUCCAGGAUCUCUGUCAGCUGCUUCAAAAGUAUGGUGAUAGCCUGGAAUUCACAGAGUUACUCACGCGGGUCAACAGAAAAGUGUCACUGAGGAAUAUUCCAACACCAUGUCAACCAAGAUUUAUCGGGAAGAAGCAAAUGCCUUGUUUUGCUUCAAUGCUCACCAAGAAACUUUACUUCCAACCAAAAAAGUAACAAUGACACA